AUGGCCACAGCAAUCAUGCCGCAGCCUGCUCCGGCGCUCCUGGACCCCAAGACACAGACGAUGCUGCAGUCGGAAGCAAAGGCAAUGCCGUCUACCACUUUCAAUCCGGCUCGUCACAUGGCAUUCCAACCUCCAGAGUCAGUCGUCACCCUGCGAGAACUGCUCCUCUCCGAGGAAAAUGCCUGCUCGCCCAUCGCCAUCACCAAGCCGUUUCCCCUUUUCAGCCUCGAAGGUGUUGUCGAGAUGCGCAAGGACGUCUUCCGUGAGUCGGUCAUCCGCAAGCACGGCCAGAAAAUCAAACAGGACACGUACAAGAUGCGAGGCUAUUCACGAGAUACUCCCUUCGUCGACUCAGUGUGGCGCAGCCCCGAGGUCAUCGCGGCGUGCUCCCAGGCCGCGGGCAUCGACUUGCAGGUGAUUUUCGACUAUGAGAUCGGACAUGUCAACGUCCAGCUGGAUGAGUUGGCGGACAAGGAAAAUCUGUGGGACGUCCUUCCACCGGCUUAUCCACCCAAGAACAGCACCACGAUAGAGAGGUCGUCGAUCCCUUCCGAGAAGGAGCAACUGUCCUCCGUUCGUGACUGGCACGUAGACUCCUAUCCGUGGGUGUGCGUGUGCAUGCUCUCAGAUCCCCAGGGAAUGGUGGGAGGUGAGACUGGACUGGAGAAGGGAGACGGCUCCGUCGUGAAGAUGCUCGGCCCAGAUAUCGGUUGGGCGGUGAUGAUGCAGGGAGGGUGCAUCAACCAUAUCGCUCUGAGGGCGUUUGGAGCAAAGGAGCGCAUCACCAUGGUCACCUCAUUCAAGGCCAGGGAUCCCCUGACGACGGACAUGAGCACUUUGUUCAUCACCAACAAGAGCAGCCGGCUGGACGAGCUUUUCCUGCAGUGGACUGUGUAUCGCAUGGAAGUGUUGGCUGCUCGAGCGAAAGAUAUCAGGGACAGAAUAGAGAAGGGUAACCUGACAGCGGACGAGAUCAAGGUGCAUAUGAGGGCUUGGGUCGAGAUUCAAACCAAAUACCUGGAGACCACCUGUCGUGAGAUGGACGAAGGUGUGCCGUACGGCAUGAACAAGAACGUGCAUUGA